AUGGAUAGAUACCCUGGAAGAAGGGAAGAGAAGACCCAGAGGGACAAGAGCUCCACCCAAGGCCCAAGAGGGGAUGGAGGGGAUCAGCUGUCGGUGUUGAAGCCCUGGUCUCUGGGGAAGGACUGGGCAGAAGACCCUGAGGGAGGUUCUUCCCCCAACGAAGCAGCAGCAGAUGUUUGGCUGAGCAGUUGCUGCCUGUGCAAAGUGAAAUACGCCCCCAGUUCAAAAAGAACCCUGUCACACUGUGACAACCUGAAAGAGGGCAAGGGGGAAGGCGGUAUUGCAGGAAGUGUUUUUGGCGGGAAGCGUCCAAAGGGAGAAGACACAGGGCUGGAGGCUCCAUCAGGAACACAAAUGAUGUUGCUGCUCGUGCUGCUCCUGUGGCCCCAAGAAGUCUGGGGGAGGCUCAAGGCCAAAUGCCCCCAGACUCUGAAGAGGGAUGAGAUGGACUCACAGAAUCAGUACAGGCCGGGAGAGCUUCUCAUUGGUGGCAUCGUCUCUGCAGCCAAGACCUAUUUUCAGCCACUAAGCUUCAACACAACUCCUUCAGCUGAAGUAAAUGACUGUGGCAGGCAGAGAAACCCAGUGGCUGUUCUCGAAGGGGCCGAGACUGACAUCUCCGUCCAGAUUUCGACCAUCUUGGGCACCUACAAAAUCCCUCAGGAUGCCUUGUCUGUGAAAGUCUGGAGACGGUGCCGAGAGAGAGCACAACUGGAGGCUCAGCCCGAGGAGGUGAUUGAUGAGAUCCUGUCUCUGGACGGCUAUUUCAUUUACAACACCGUCUGGGCGGUGGCCCGGGCCUUGCGUGCAGCCUUUGCGUCCACAUCUAAGCGAACAAAUAUGAAAGUUGGUAAAAAUAUGGAAACUGCUGGACUGAAAGGGUGGCAGAUGCUGCCUCCCUCCCAGUGUGUGGAAAGCUGUCCUCCUGGAUUCAUGAAGGUGGCUCGGGAAGGGCAGCCCAUCUGCUGCUAUGACUGUCUUCCUUGUGCAGAAGGAACCAUCUCCACCAUGGAAGAUGCAGAAAAAUGUAGCAGAUGUCCAGAAGAUCAGCAUCCAAACAUCAGUCAAGAUCAUUGUAUACCCAAGAAAAUCACCUUUCUAUCCUACCAAGAACAUUUGGGGAUCAUCCUGGCUUCCAUUGCCUUGUUCCUUUCUUUCAUCACAGGCUUUGUCUUGGGAAUCUUCAUUAAAUUCCAAGACACUCCAAUUGUCAAAGCCAACAAUCGGGACCUCUCCUACAUCCUUCUAGCCUCGCUCCUGUUUUCCUUCUUGACCUCCUUCCUGUUCAUUGGCCGGCCAAGGAGAGUCACCUGCCUUCUCCAACAAACAGCCUUUAGCAUUGUUUUCUCACUCGCAGUCUCUUCAGUCUUGGCCAAAACAGUCACAGUGGCGUUAGCCUUCUGGGCCACAAAACCAGGGAAUAAGGUGCAGAAAUGGCUGGGGAAGAGCCUGGCCAACUCCAUCAUCCUUUCUUGCUCUGGUCUCCAAAUUCUCCUCUGCAGCAUCUGGUUGGGCACUUCUCCCCCAUUCCCCGAUUCUGACAUGCACUCACAAUCUGCAGAGAUCCUUCUGCAGUGCAAUGAAGGAUCAGUCACCAUGUUUUAUGGUGCUCUCAGCUACAUGGGCUUCCUGGCUGCCAUUUGCUUCAUGGUGUCUUUCCUGGCCAGGAACCUCCCUGGGGCCUUCAAUGAAGCCAAGCUGAUCACCUUCAGCAUGCUGGUCUUCUGCAGUGUCUGGGUUUCCUUUGUGCCAGCCUACAUGAGCACCAAAGGGAAGUACAUGGUGGCUGUGCAGAUCUUCUCCAUCUUGGCCUCCAGCGCUGGUCUGCUGGUCUGCAUCUUCAUCCCCAAGUGCUAUAUUAUUAUCCUUAGGCCAGAAUUGAAUACAAAAAAACAUUUGAGGUCAAAAUAA